AUGAUGCGGAACCAAGUGAAAGUUGAAUUUAUUCUCGUUGAGAUGACUAGGCCUACUGAUCUCAACGACUAUCCUGAAACCAGAUCACCUCUGAGUAGAGCUCCCAUUGUGUCAUCUGCUCAUCUCGAAUAUAUCAACGCACAGUGGACUUCGCUGCUCGUCAGCCCCACAUCCGUCAAGACGUUAUCGGAUGGCUGGUACCGCCUCUACCAGCCUGUCAGAAGGUCAAUUUGCCGAACUGAAGCCAAAUGCAGAAAAGAGAAGGUACAUCGUGGGUCGGCCGGUGUCCCGGUCUUGGGUCAUACUAAGCCCAAUUCCACCUUUGAGGGAGUCCAAACUGAAACGAAAGAGGAAUCUGAAUUAGGGGCUCCUGGGUCAGGCGACACACGCUCUUGCACAGCCAGACCAUGGCAUGACUCUGGCGGCCAUUUUCUUCUCUUUCUUCUCGUUCUCGUUCUCGUUAUUCUUGUUAUUCUCCUUUUUCUUCUCCUUCCUCUUCGCAUUCUUAUUCUCCUUCACAGAUCUCUUGUGAAUAUGACUCAUUCUCUUCUUCCCCCUUCCGAAUCUGCAAUGGAACGAGUCUGUCGGGCCUCCGUGUGGGGAGGACAGUGCUCCGCCAGCACCCACGUUUCAAGCAAAGUCUUCCAGCUAACUUUUAUUUCGUCCGCAUCUACAGCAGUACACUUGCCCUACAGAAGAAAGGUGACUUUGCCGUAA